CUCUGUACCAAAGCCCAAACAGAAGCAAAAGAAACUCAAAACAGAUUUCUAUUACCUACAACAAAACCCCUAAUCCGUCUCCACCUAGAAUUCCAAUUCAUGCUCUACUUCCUCUCUUCUCUAUAACAACACUCUUUUUCUCCUCAUGUUUCGCCGGCUUUGCACCUCUUUUUCUGUUUCUAUCUCAAAACCAAAACACACUCUUACCUUCCAAAACCCCAUCAACAAACAAUUAAAGUUUCAGUCCUUAUCUCGAACCCCGCGUUUUUUCUCAUCAAAUAUCACAAUGAGCGACACCCAGAAUCUUCAACUUAGGAAAGCUGAGUUAUUUCGAUCUCUUGAAGCUUCAUUGGGUCAUUCUUUCAACACAAACCCAAUUUGUCCUCCGCCCAAUCCUUUGAUAAUUGUCAUAAGCGGACCAAGUGGGGUUGGCAAAGAUGCUGUUAUAAAGAAACUGAGGGAAUCUAGGGAUUCACUCCAUUUUGUUGUAACGGCUACAAGCAGGCCAAUGCGGCCCGGUGAAGAGGAUGGAAAAGAUUAUUAUUUUGUGACAAAGGAUGAAUUUUUAACAAUGGUUGAGAAAAAUGAGCUUUUAGAGUAUGCACUUGUGUAUGGGGAUUAUAAAGGGAUACCAAAGAAGCAAAUAAGGGAGUAUAUGGGAAAGGGGUAUGAUAUAGUGUUGAGAGUUGACAUUCAGGGGGCUGAGACGUUGAGGAGGAUUUUGGGGAAUUCGGCUGUGUUUGUGUUUUUGGUUGCGGAGAGUGAGAUGGCAAUGGUGGAGAGAUUGGUUCAGAGGAAGACUGAGAGUAAGGAGGAGUUGCUAGUGAGGAUUGCCACAGCGAGGGAAGAGAUAAAACAUGUGAAAAACUUUGAUUAUGUGGUGGUAAAUGCGGAGGGGAAGCUUGAUAAUGCUGUGAAGUUGGUCGAUUCUAUAAUUGAUGCUGAGAAAGCCAAGGUCCGGCAAAGGAGUGCUGUCAUUUGAGUAUUUCUUUAUUUUUUAGGAGCAAUAUUAUUAGAAUUAUCAAAAAUUAAUGUAGACAUUCCAGAUUGUUGAUAUGAGUCCAGUAGUUUUAUUAAAGGAUUUAUUAAAUGGUUGUCUUUGAUUGGCUUAGAAUAAUCACUCUUAAAUGUUCUGUAACUCAAAAACUAGGCUGUCAGCGUAUCAUUUCUGAACAAAUUCUUGGGUCACUACAUAAGAUCAAAAUUAUUUUAAAAUUCUAUGUUUACUAGUUUAAUUACAUUUUUGUAGAUAAUUUGUAGCUUUAGUUAAUGGCUUCUUCCAAUGUUUGUGUAAUGACACUGCAAAUUUUUUGUGGCUGCAUAUUCGGUGUUCAA